AGUCGCCGUGCAGACCGGCAGGACGGGGACGUUUUACGGUACCUUAGAUACUGUAAUUAGCCUGCAAGACUAUGGAAAUGGACGAUGACGCGCAGGUAAGGCUCAUUGAGGACUUCAGACCUCAGCUGCGGAAGCUCAUAGCCAUAGGUCCGGUACUGGAUCACAUGCAUUCACUUGGCACCGACCAGAAGGAGCUGAUCAGGAACAAGCUGCAGACCGAGGGUAACCUGAGGGCAGCGGAUCUCCUCAUCGACACCGUCGUCAGGAAGCCUCAGCCCGACGGCUGGUUCAGGGACUUCGUGGACGCGCUGACGGCCGGGGGCUGUGAACACGCUGCGGACUACAUGGACAUCAACCCCCCGAGCCCCAACACGGAAGCCAAGAACGACUACUGCGUCCGGCUCAUUGAGCUCCUGUCCCCCAGUCUGGUGGCCAUGAAUACCGCCGAAGUGUGUCUGCACAGUUUCUCUCAGGGGAUCCUCACCCCCGAGGACAGGGAGGUUGUAACUGCUGAAACGGAGAAGAGCGGAAACAGGAACGGCGCUCGCGAACUUCUGAGGAGAAUCGUCCGGUGUCGGCCGGGGUGGUUCUCCACAUUUCUGAAUGUCUUGAUCGUGACAGAACAGCCACACCUGUACCAUGAACUGACAGGAGCCCCUCCCGGCGACGACAAAAGAGGAGAGAGCGAUGAGCUUUCUCCGCUGACAACUUUGAGUGAGAAAGCAGAAAAUGACGUCGCCGCAGAGGAAGGCCCGCCAAACGCAGAGGGUCCAGCUAACCCAGAGGAGGAGUCUCUGGCCGGCGGUGAGCCAGAAGGGAUUGUGGAUCUGUACAGUGGAGAAAGUGCUGAACCCAGCCCAGAGCUGAAUGUCUCAGCUCACUUACAACCAGAUGGAUCUGGCACCGCAGCGGCUGCCGGAGGCCCCAAAGAGGCUGACAUUGUUCUUCGAGAUUAUCAGAUGGAUGUUGCUAGACCCGCCUUGGAGGGAAAAAACAUCAUCGUAUGCCUUCCUACAGGAAAAGGCAAAACCAGAGUUGCAGUCUAUGUUACAAGAGAACAUCUGGACUCCAGGAGGAGCAAGGGACAGUCAGGGAAAGUGGUUGUCCUGGUGAAUAAGGUGCCCCUCGUGGAGCAGCAUUAUUCCACAGAGUUCUUGCCAUUUCUGAAACACAAAUAUAAGGUGGAAAGAGUCAGCGGACACUCCCAGCUCAAAAUCUCCUUCACAGAAGUUGUGAAGAGAAAUGAUGUUAUCAUAUGCACUGCCGAGAUCCUACAGAACUACUUGAAGCGCUCCAGCAGCGGGGACGAUGAAGGAAUUCAGUUAAGGGAUCUGACACUGAUGGUGAUAGAUGAGUGCCACCACACUCAAAAGGGAGGAGUCUACAACCACAUAAUGACAUACUACCUGAAGAAGAAGCAAGCCAACACUACGCUGAAGAAGGAGCAGAAGGAGCCCGUGCCCAUCCCUCAGAUACUGGGUCUGACUGCCUCACCAGGUGUCGGAGGAGCCACAAAAAUGGAAAAAGCCUUGGACCACAUUCUGCGAAUCUGUGCAAACCUGGAUGCCUGUAAAAUCAUGACAAUGGCUGUCAGCGACACCAAAAAGGACCUGAACAAACAAGUAGCAACUGCUGAAGACAGAAAGCAGGAUCCCUUUGGAAAUGUAAUCAAGAACAUUAUGAAUGCCAUUCACACCCACACUGAUCUGAGCCCCACAUGUGACCUGGGCUCCCAGAACUAUGAGCAGUGGGUGGUCCAAAAAGAGCGAAACGCUGCUAAAGAGGGCGAUCAGAAAGUGCGGGUCUGUGCUGAACACCUCAGGCAGUAUAAUGAAGGCCUGCAGCUGAGUAACACCAUACGAAUGUGUGAUGCCUUCAAAUUCCUGGACAAAUACCAAGAGGAAGAGAUGAAGAAAAAAAUGGCCCCAGAGGAGGAAGAGCCCAUACAAAUCACGGACACGGAGAGAUUCCUCUUCAAUUUGUUUAAAGAUCACAAAAAGGAAUUGCAAAAGCUGGCAACGAACCCAGAGUACGAAAACAACAGCCUGUCAAAACUGAGGGGUAAAAUUCUGCACGAGUUUACCAGCAGACAGACCGCGAGGGGCAUCAUUUUCACUAAGACACGCCGCAUUGCCAUCGCUUUAAGUCAGUGGAUCCUGGAAAACCCCAAAUUCGAGGAUGUUGAAGUGAAAGCCGCUUACGUGAUUGGAGCAGGAGACCAAAGCGUUGUUAAACCAAUGACCUCUGCAGAACAAAAGGAUGUCUUGAACAAAUUCCGAAAUGGGCAAGUCAACUUGCUGAUCGCCACAACAGUGGCCGAGGAAGGCUUAGACAUCCCAGACUGCAACUUUGUCAUCCGAUAUGGCCUUUCCACCAAUGAGAUUUCAAUGGUGCAGGCCCUGGGCCGAGGGAGAGCCGAGGACAGCAGUUAUACACUGGUGGAGGUGGAGGGCUCGGGGGUGGCGGAAAAGGAGAUUGUCAACGAGUAUCGCAUCGACAUGAUGAACAAAGCCAUCGCAAAAAUUAAGAACAUGGAUCAAGUGGAAUACGACAGACGGAUCACGGAGUUUCAGAUGCAGUCAAUAUUGGAGGAGAAAGUGCGAAUGACCAAGAAGAAGCAGAAAAAAAUGAAGAACGAGAGCCCCUCCAAAGUGAAGUUUAGCUGCAGAGGCUGCAACAAACAUGUCUGCAGUGGUGAAGACAUCCAGAUAAUUGAAAAGAUGCACAGAGUCAAUGUUACUCCACAGUUUCGUGAACUCUUCAUUGAGAGAGAAAACACUUCACUUCAAGAGAGGCUUCUGGAGUGUGAAGCCAAUGGAUAUAUAGCAUGCAAGGAUUGCGGGUUGAGAUGGGGUUCCAUGAUGCUCUACCGUGCCAUCGAUUGUCCCUGUCUCCAUAUCAAAAACUUUGUGGUGACGUGGGACGGAAAGAACAUCAGCAAAUACACCAAGUGGAGUGAGCUUCCCAUCCAGUUCCCUGCCUUUGACUACGCCACACACAUGGUGGAAGGCUCAGAGGACGAAGACACAAAGUGAAUUACAGCAGCGCUGAACAAUUAAUAAUAACCACACGUAGGCAACCCCAGAUACUGUUUCUCCCACUUUUCCUCAAUAAUUAAAACAGUUGUAGUAUUCCGAGACCUUUGAUGCCACUUACUCGUCAUGCUCCUCUCGUUUUAGCGCCGGGGUUAAUUAAACGAGGCAGCCGAGCCUAGUGUGAGCACGACCUUAUGGGGCAGCCACCCUGCCCCAUUCACUUUCACUAGUGUGAGUACGACCUUAUGGGGCAGCCACCCUGCCCCAUUCACUUUCACCUCAAGAAGACAGAAAGCGUAUUAACAGGCCACCAAGAAUUCCUAAAAGCUGAGUAGCAUGCUGACACAACGACCAUGAAACGUAACAACAAUAAUCGUGACGUAGAAAGUACAUUUCCUGGAGGAAAGACGUGUUUUGGCUGGUGGAGUUGGUAAGGCGGUCACUAGACAGCCUGGCAGGUCUGUAUGGCGUACUCACACUAGGCGGUCUGUACCGUGCGCCGGCGUUUUUUUUCCUAGGAUGAAUCCGGAAAGUUCCCGCCCUCAGGCACUAGGACUGGCCAGAUCUGCCUGUCAGUCAACUUUCCGGAUUCAUCCUGGGAAAAAAAAAAUCGCGGUGG